AUGUACCUCGGAAUCAGGCCGGCACUCAAGGCGCGGCCUUCGUUGCUGGAUCUCAUCCGCGGGGGCGGCGACAGCGGUGGUCUCAGCGGGCUCAGCGGCGAAGGCAGCAGUAUUGCGGCAGGGUCAGCAGGCUCCAGCACCGCCACCGUAGCGACUCGGCCACCUGCAGCUGGAGGCCUGGACGCCAUACCAGCGGCAGCUACAUCAUCGCCUCCACCUCCACUUGCUGCGCCAAGACAGGUCCCCGGUAGCUUCGACUCUACCUUUGCCAACCUCUCCACCGACAUCACCGAUCCUCUCAACGCCGCCUCCCUAUCCUCCUUCACGGCCAGCCUCGCCGUCUUCCUCAGAGAGCGCUGA